CUUGGACUCGGUAAAAUGACGCCUCGAUCGCAGAACUCUCCUCGCAAGCUGCACUUCUCUUAGACCAGCUCACCAGGUCACUUGUGCGAUCACGACCAUGCGGCCCGUUUCUGAAUGGCCAGGAGUCGGAUAGAGCUAACUCUAGCUGCGUGGUAGUGGGGGUUCUCACGAUGGAUCGGGCUCCCCACCGACAUUAUUCAGCAAUGACACCCACAAUAGUUGCGCCUUCCAGUCAUCGCUAUCGUGGGCUCCCCCCUUAAAGGUCCCACGACGAGAGCUCUCCCCGCCCGUCUUCUCUCUCUUACCUUUUUCUUCCAAGCAUCCUCUCUCUAAGCUAUCUGCUAAGUCCCGGUCUCAAUUCGCAGCCGCCCACCAUGGCUUCGGCAGCACUACAUGGCUUCUUUGAUAUACAGCCAGCCUCGGCGGUCACGAGCCCACCAGCCGCCCACCGGAAAGACAUUUCCCAGGCACGGCACGCACCGUCGGAAUUUGAACUCGACAAUCUCACGUUUGGAAAGUGCUACAAUGGCCCUGUCGAAUCUGGUGCUCAAACGCCGAAGACUCCAAACGAGCUGGAGAUGAGCAGGCCACCAUCACCCGUGGGGAACGAUGCGGUGCCCAUUAUGCAAAGCUGGAACAAUCCGCCCAUGAAUAAAUGGAGGAUCUUGUGUUGCUGUUUGAUCUACCUCGGCAAUGGGAUCAAUGACUCUGUCAUUGGUGCCCUUAUUCCAUACAUGGAGGUUUACUAUCGGAUUGGCUACGCGGUCAUGUCCAUGGUCUUCGUAGGCAAUGCCGCAGGUUUCAUUGUCGCCGCUUUCUUCACAAACACGACCUUGGGCCGUCUGGGAAGAGCAAAGACACUUAUGCUAGCCGAGGUGAUAAUGAUGUCUGCCUACAUCAUGCUUGUCGCGACACCGCCAUACCCCGUCGUUGUUAUUGCCUUCUUCAUACUCGGGUAUGGUGCCGCGACGAACCUCGCUUUGAACAACGUCUUCUGUGCCAAUCUCCACCCUCCAAAUGCCAUACUUGGAGCCGCUCACGGUAGCUAUGGUGUUGGAGGAAUCAUCGCUCCGAUCAUUGGAACAGCCAUGGUUUCCCACGGUAUCUUAUGGUCCCGCUUUUACUUCAUCAGCCUUGGGCUCCGUCUAUGUUGCAUCGUCUUCGCGGCGUGGUCUUUCUGGUCCUACAAGGAAGAUGCCUCCCAAACACUCUUGACUGCCGUCGAAAGGACUGCGAGUCGACCGGCGCAAGCUGACGAGCGCAAUUCGAGCCUGAAAGAAUUGAAGCUAGCGCUGAGGAACCGGGCCACGAUCUUCGGCGCACUGUUCAUUUUCGCAUACCAGGGCGCCGAGGUGUCCAUCUCCGGAUGGGUCAUUUCUUUCCUAAUCAAUUAUCGUGACGGGGAUCCGGCGCGCGUUGGUUAUGUGACUGCUGGUUUUUGGGGCGGCAUCACAAUUGGCCGUUUCGUCCUCACGCAUCUCGCUCCCAAGGUCGGCGAGAAGAACUUCGUCACCAUUUUAACUCUCGGUACCCUGGGUCUCCAACUCAUGGCCUGGUUGAUUCCUAACAUAAUCGGUAACGCCAUCGCAGUUGCCGCCCUAGGUCUUCUCUUAGGCCCAGUUUAUCCGUGCGCCCAAACCGUUUUCUCCCGCCUCAUGCCUCGUCACGUCCAGACGACCGCGAUUGGAUUUAUUGGCGGAGCGGGCAGUUCAGGUGGUGCGGUCGCCCCAUUCACCACGGGUCUCCUAGCUCAAGCUGCUGGGACGUGGGUCCUACAUCCGAUUUGUAUCGGGCUGUAUAUGGUCAUGCUAGCUUGCUGGUUCAGCUUGCCGAAGACGAAGAAGAGGACGGUGUAGAUGAGGUCUAGUAAAAAUAGGUGCGCGUCCAUCCAAAUAAAGCUCAAAAAAAUAGCGCAAAAUAAAGAGCAGUAAAGAAUAAAGAAAGAAAUAGCAAAAAGAAACCCAAAGGCCCAGAAAACCCCUAUAGAGUUUUGCUGUACUAUGGUUACGACCAUACUCGAACUCCGAACUAGGUCAAUCCUAAAGGUUUGGCGCUCUAUGGGCUGCGGCUUAAACGGAAGGGCAGUCAGACUUCCCAAUCCGCGGCGCUGUCCCGGCGAGUCCAACAGCUGCUGACGUAGUUCGUUUGUUGAAGGAUGUGCUCUUUUGUUUAAUAUAUAU